UCAGUAUUCCAUAGUAGAUUCACAGUAUAUCUUCAGGCUAUUAGCAAGCAAAUCAACUGUAAGGUAGAAGGUCCCGACGAAUACGAGAGAACGCAGAUCAGUCCUGGCUUUUGCAGAAGUAAAUGCGGCAUAAUGGAAUACUUUUCCCUGGGUGUCUGAACCGGCUGUGUUGUCAAACUGGGGUCUUUGUUCUUCUUUGAUCAUAUCUGAUUGUUGUUGAAAGGGAAAGUAUAGCCUACAUUGGCUUUGAACCUUGGCUUUACAUUCGCGGAGGAAAUUUUGCAUCUAUUUGCCACUUGUAAAACUCAAACGAGCUGUCGCGUUGCCUAUUCACAGGGCUGCUCUCGAGUUCUCUCAUUGGCUAACCUCUUCUUGGUAACACUUGCUCUUGGGUCGGAACUAUGAUGUGGACUUUGUUUGCUGUUUUUACCUGCACUGGACUAUCUGGUAUUCUUGCAGAUGUGGGUCGUGUAGGGGGUGUAGCCCCUCACUGUGAGAGCCAGGCGUGUAACCCCCGAAUGGGCAAUCUGGUGCUAGGCCGCAGGGUCCUGACCCAGACCGUAUGUGGCUACAAGGGCACCGAGCCCUACUGCUCCUACUCUGACCCCUCCUCCUCCAGAGAGCCCUGCCCCCCGGCCAGGUGUGGGGAGUGUAACGCGGCCCUCCCCCUGCAGGCCCACCUGGCUGCAGCCAUGGCCGACUCCUCCUUCCGCCACCCCAACACCUGGUGGCAGUCGGCGGGGGAAGCGGAGUCUGAGACUCUGCAGCUGGAUCUGGAGGCGGAGUUCAUCUUCACCCACCUGAUCAUGGUGUUCCGCUCGCCCCGCCCCACCGCCAUGACACUGGAGCGCUCGCAGGACUUCGGGCAGACCUGGAAGACAUUGCAGUACUACGCCAGGAACUGUAGCGCUACCUUUGGACUGGAGGAGGGAAAGGCAGAGCUGGACAGGGCCCCCUGCACCUCCAAAUACUCUGGAGCUUACCCCUGUACCAGGGGAGAGGUGAUCUACCGUGCCCUCCCCCAAUGGGAAUCUCUUGACCCGUAUGGGGCGUCAGGCCAGGAGCAGCUGAGGGUGACCAACGUGCGCAUACGUCUGCUGGAGCGCCAAUCCUGUCCCUGCCAGGCCAAAGAUCCCACCGCUGGAGCCCCGCCCACCCAGCACUUCGCCAUCUAUGACCUCAUCGUGAAGGGCAGCUGCUUCUGCAAUGGGCACGCUGAGCAGUGUGUCCCUGCGCCCGGCUACCGGCCUGUCAGGGACAGAACCAACCACGUGGUUCAUGGGAUGUGUGUGUGUAGACACAACACUGCAGGUGUUCACUGUGAGCGUUGCGCUCCGCUCUACAACGACCGACCCUGGCAACCUGCGGACGGACUGACAGGGGCUCCACACGAGUGCAGGAAGUGUAAGUGUAACGGGCAUGCCCAGAGCUGCAGUUUUGAUUGGUUGGUGUGGCGGGAGUCCAGCCAGCGCAGCGGAGGUGUGUGUGAGUGUCUACACAACACAGAGGGACACAACUGUCAGAGCUGUAAGACUGGCUUCUACAGAGACCCCCAGAGACCCCACACGGCCCAGGACUUCUGUAAACCAUGUGGCUGCCACCCCCUGGGUUCAAUACCCUUCCACCCAGGCGGGAGGUCUCCCUGUGACCCUACCAAUGGAGACUGUGUCUGCAAGCCCGGCGUGGGAGGUUCCCACUGCGACAGGUGCAUGGUGGGAUACUGGGGUUUCCAUGACUACGGCUGCCGUCCGUGCGACUGUGCAGGAGACUGCGACCCCUUCACGGGAUACUGCAUGUCUGGGUCAGAUCUGGACCUGUAUAAUCUGGAGGGUAACUCCAGUGAGCCGGUGAGGAUCUUUAGGGCAGACGAGCUCUUUUCCGCUCUACACUACUCAGAGAAAUGUGAGUGUAAGGAGCAGGUCCUGGCCAACAGCAAACUCUUCUGCACCAUGAAGUUUGCCUAUGUGUUGAAGGUUAAGAUCCUGUCAGCCCAUGAUAAGGGCUCCCAUGCUGAGUUGGAGGUGAAGGUUCAGAAGGUGUUGAGUCAGAACACUAAGGUGAAGAUCCAGAAAGGACGAGUCACUCUCUACCCAGAGUCCUGGACCGCACGGGGCUGCACCUGUCCCAUCCUCAACCCAGGUGGGGAGUACUUGGUGGCGGGCCAUGCAGACAGGAAGCAGAACCGUCUUAUCGUCAACAUGAAGAGCUUCGUCAAGCCCUGGAGAGCCAGCCUUGGACGCAAGGUCCUCACACUAAUGAAGAAAGACUGCACCUGGUGAACAGACUGGAGGAAACUGGGAGAUGGACAUACUGACAGAGCGAGAGAGAGAGCGAGAGAGCGAGAGAGCGAGAGAGCGAGAGAGAGAGAGAGAGAGAGAGAGGAAUUUGUUUUUACCUUCUCUGGAGGGGGAGUGGUCUUAUGGAGGUGGUGACUAAACAGACUAUAAACCCCGCCCCUAUCUGCCCUGGGACAAUAAGAGUGUGAGGCUGGCAGAGAGAACAUACAGACUCUAUGAGCCUCUGUUUGAGUGACAGUUCGGCCCCCUCUUCCACGCACACAUACACACCCAGUCACUCCCUCUUUGUAGCACUUUAUCCCAGGGCAGAAGGGCCAAUGGGAUCAUGGGUCAAGACAUGUUGACCUCAAGACUGGACAACAGAAGGACACAUUUGACCCCUUGUGACCCCUGUAGGAAAGCCCCAGCUUGUGGUGGAUGGUGACCUGUGCCUCUUUCCCCGAUGUGUUCUGUUACAACAAACUGUCUGUCAAGCUGUGUAACAGAUACAGAUGUGUACAAGCACACAGAAUGAUGUUGAAUAAGCCAUACAUGCCACUACAGGUGGUUGUGUCCAGGUGUGUUUGCGAAUGUGUAUGUGUGUUGUGAUCUCUCUGUGAAUGAUUUAGUGUGUGUGUGUUUUGUAUGUGUGUGGCUGCGUGUCUGAUGAGCCCAAAUCCAUCCAGCUUCAGUCCAACUGAUCCGUUUUUGACUCCGAAAUUUGGGCAGGAUAGAUGUAGCUUCUCUUUUGGAGGGGUUCCUGAUCAAAACAGUCAUAUCACAACAAUAUCCCAAUGUGUAAUAUUGCUGUGACCUACAGAGCCCUGAAUUCAUCUCUAUUCCUUCCUAUGUCUGGUCCUGUACAGUAUUACUUGUAUAUAUCUAUAGAAAUAUGAUGAUGUCCUCUCUCUUUA